CUUCGACAGUUUCUCCCUCUUUUCACAUGCAACUAAAACUAAAAAUGUCAACCAAAACAACAUCCUCAGCAGCUGUCACAAACGCCACUAGAGCCACCGUUUUCCUCUUCUCCCUCCUUGUACUCCUCCACAAUCCUAUACAUGCCGCCAGUCCCAUCAAAACCAUCGUCGUGCUUGUCAUGGAAAACCGGUCCUUCGACCACAUGUUGGGAUGGAUGAAAAGGUUCAAUCCGGAGAUCAACGGCGUUGAUGGCUCCGAGUGGAAUCCUCUCUCCACCACCGAUCCAAAAUCUCCAAAAUUUUUCUUCGGUAAUCAAUCUCAGUACGUGGACCCGGAUCCCGGCCACUCCUUUCAGGCUAUAAGGGAACAGAUAUUCGGCUCCGACGACACUUCCGUCAACCCUCCACCCAUGAAUGGAUUCGCACAACAAGCUUAUUCCAUGGAUAACACCACCAAUAUGUCCAAGAGUGUCAUGAAUGGGUUCGAUCCAGAUUCAGUUGCUGUCUACAAGGCUCUUGUUUCAGAAUUCGCUGUCUUUGACAGGUGGUUCGCCUCUGUGCCAACAUCCACGCAGCCAAACCGACUCUACGUGCAUUCGGGGACAUCGGCCGGAGCGACGAGCAAUAUUCCAGCGUUGCUCGUAAAGGGUUAUCCACAGAGAACAAUUUUCGAGAACCUCGACGACGCGGGAAUCUCCUGGGGAAUAUAUUACCAGAAUAUUCCCUCCACAUUGUUCUACAGAAACCUAAGGAAACUGAAAUACCUCUUUAGAUUCCGUCCGUAUGGCUUGACCUUCAAAAAUGACGCCAAAAAUGGCAAGCUUCCGAGCUAUGUGGUGGUGGAGCAGCGGUACAUGGACACCGUGUUGGAGCCGGCGAACGAUGAUCAUCCGUCGCACGACGUAUAUCAGGGGCAGAUGUUUGUGAAAGAAGUGUACGAGACGCUGAGGGCGAGCCCACAAUGGAACGAAACUCUGUUGGUGAUCACGUACGAUGAGCACGGAGGAUUUUACGAUCACGUUCCGACGCCGGUAAAAGGGGUCCCCAGCCCGGAUGGAAUUGUGGUUGUUCAUGGAUCAAAUGGAUCUCCAUUUCCUACAUCGGAAUACGAGCACUCAUCCAUUCCAGCUACAGUGAAGAAGCUCUUCAACCUCUCCUCACCCUUUCUCACUAAGAGAGACGAGUGGGCUGCUUCUUUUGAACAUAUUGUCCAAACUCGGACACAACCCAGAUCUGAUUGCCCAGAGCAACUGCCUACUCCGGUGAAGAUCCGGUCAGGUGACGCCAACGAAACUGCCAAGAUUAGUGAGUUCCAGCAUGAGCUGCUGCAGCUGGCAGCAGUGCUGAAGGGAGAUAAUAUCCUCACGAGUUACCCGGAAAAGAUAGGGUUGGAAAUGAACGUAAAGGAAGCGAAAGGGUACAUGGAAGAUGCAGUAAAGCGUUUCUUUGAAGCGGGACGUUAUGCUAAUAAAAUGGGAGUUGAUGGAGAACAAAUUGUCCAGAUGAAACCUUCCUUAACUACAAGAUCACCUAAACCUUCAACUCAGAACCCUUGACGCAAAGAUCCACUAAGGCUUAGUUUGUGCCAACAUAUGCAAUUCUCAAUGCUCUUAAUAAUCAUCAAGUGAAUCAAAGCAUUAUGCAUGUAUGUCCUUUGUGCAUAUACCUCAAAUGUUAGAGAUGCAUGUGCAAAAGAAUGUAGUCCUUUCUUGUUCCAUGGGACGUGUCAAUGUGGGAAAAUCUUUAAAGGCCAGAGAAACAUGAGAAAAUCCUUUAUUUAACUUGAAAAAAUGCAAUUUGGUUAC